AUGGUCAACCCAGGAUGGGACCUCUACAAGAGCGAGAUCGAAAGGUUGUACAUUCACGAGAACAAGACUCGUGCUGAAGUGAUGAGGCUCAUGGCAACAAAAUACUCGUGGAAUAAAACCAAGAGAAUCGACAAAAGGAAGCGAGAAGAUGACAAAGACAGCGAGGUCUUCGUCAAUGGACUCCAGAUCCAUCCUACAAAGAUCGCCAGGUCCAGCUAUAGAAAUGGCUUUCUGACCGAGUAUUCACGACGUGGCCCUUCUCCAAGUACCCCCGAAGGCCAUGUUGUGGCUACGCCCACAUCAGCCGGUAUACGGAUUUUCUAUAGUAAUUUUCUACCGUGGAUCCGAUUCACGCGUCUGUUCCAACCUUCAGAAGAUGAUGAUAACUCCCCUUCUUCCGAACUCGCCUUAAACUCAUCACGCAACGGCAAGGCAGUUGCUAGAGGCAUGAAUUUCGAGUUAAUGCAGCACUUAAGCACCCUCAUACCAUGGACCAAACUUCAGCACCGCUUAAAUAUGCACAGCUCUUCCCGUACAUCAGCCGCUCUGAGUAUCCUCAUGCCAGAGAAAGAGCCUGGUCAACAUGAUAUCUUGUCAACAGCUCUGAGUACUUCAAGAGCAGGUAGUCAGGAGUGUCUGAGUGUAGUGCUCUACCUCAUUUCAAACAAUUUGACUUCGCGGAACUCUGAAGGUUUCUAUGAGGCAAUAGAACGAAACGACAAACUGGUCUUGAAAAUCCUCAGCGAUACUGGCUGGGAUGAUUUGGAGCAUCUCAAGAUUCUUCUUUCCGCUCGCGAGCCAACUGCCGAGUCCAUCACCGAGAAAUUGUUUGCUGCAGCAGUACGACAGCACAAUUUCGACAUUGUCCAAAACAUGCUCCGUUCUGGCAUGAAUCCUAACGGGUUGAUCGAGAACCUGAUAGUAGAGUCGGAAGAAACCUUCUGUACCCCUUUGCAAUAUAUCGCGGCAACUGAUGAAAGUGCUCAUGCUAUCAAACUUUUCACGUCUCACAAUGCCGAUGUGAAUUUCUCUGUCAACAAUGAUGGCAAAAAUGCCCUAUACUAUGCCAUUAUCACAGAGAAUGAGACUUCGAUUCGUAUACUACUGGCUCAUGGGGCAACAGUGACACAGGAAUGCGUUCGUUCAGCUACUGCUUUUAGGCCUGACGACAUUAAGGAUUUCAGGCUCAUUGAAAACAUCAUAGACAUCUAUUUCGACCAAGAUGUGGCAAGGGAAAGAGACUACACAAACACACUCAAACUAGCCGUGAUGAGGAAUAACGUGUCCAUCGUUGAGCGUUUCCUCGCCAAAGGGGCUGAUUUGAACGGACUGCUGCGUUCCUACUUCCCAAGUUGGUUAUCUGAACACCAGACUACUUUAUUGGGCUAUGCAACCAAUAUCGGGAAUAUUGAAAUCGUACGACUUUUGCUUCAUGUGUCUGUUCGCAAAGAUCCGUCGCUUCUUCGGCCGCCCUACAUCUCCCCACUGGCCAUAGCAGCUGGAAAGGGCUUCAUUGAUAUCUGUGAACUUUUACUCAGCUCGGGUGCUGACAACCGGGCUGCUGACGAGGGUGAAAAUACGCUACUUGAGCGCGCCGUUCCAAAAAAUAACCUCGCUCUGUGUCAAUUAUUGAUCAAUCACGGUUUCAAGAUCGACAGAGAGCCACGUGAAACUCAACCGUGCCCUUCGGCACUUAUGAUUGCUGUUCAGAAAAGGCUCGUGGAUAUCGUUAAUCUGUUGAUCAGCUCAAAUGCUCGAUUGAACGAUGUCUUCGAUAUGGAGCCAGGUUCUAUUCUUGCAGCAGCCGUCGAAGUUGGGGACGAGGCAAUAAUCAACAAUCUGAUAUCUGUUGGCGCAAGAUGGAUAGGACUCGGAGUCAGCAGAAUCUGCAAUUUGCAAACUGCUAUCUUUUUGCAGAACAAUGGGUUUCUUUCGGAACUUGUGGACCACUCUGGUCCCAAGCUCCUAGCAGCGGCUAUUUCGGCCCAAGAUGAUGGUCUGGCAUGGUUCCUGCUCCAUAACAAUGCUCAUCAGCAACGGAAGAAACCAACGCUUGUCGAGGAAACACCUCUGUUGGCUGCCCUUCAAGUUAACAACGUCGGCUUUGUGCUGGCUCUCCUUGAGCGUGGCGCUCAAGUGACAGAUGAUGCUCUCACAGAAGCUGUCAAAGACAAUGUUGACCUUCUACCGACAUUGCUUGCAGGGUUCACGGGAAGUGCCCCGACGGCUGUUUCAGCCGCGGUGCUGAACGCCUCAAGGAUCGGUCUGGACUUACUUCGAGAAGCAAAUGUUGCCCUGAAAGGAGUGCCUUGA